GGCCAGCGCCAGCAGCAGCGGCCCCAUCCCGGCACCGGGGGUGAGCUGUGGGGGAUGGAGGGUCAGCGCCCCCAUGCCCCGUCUCUCUCGGGAACCCACGCUACAUUGCUGCUGCCAAAACCCAAAACCAGGGCUGGUUUUGGGAGCCCUGUCACCGUGGCCACAGGGGCAGGAGUGGUUUAACCUUGAGGCCACCUUGAAGGUCUUCUUGCCCUACCAAGAGCUUUGGGGUGCACAGACCCUUAGCCCUGAUACCCCCAGGAUCCACCCAAUGCCCCGUCCAUCCCACCCCCCCCGCAGCCCUUCCCAGCCCACGGAGCGCUCCCUCCCUGCAAGUUCGAUGGGCAGGAGGGACACAGGGCAGGGGGACGACCCGUCAGGGAGCAGGGAGCUGGUAAGGAGGAAGACCCCAAAGCCAGCCCUGUCCCCCAUGAGAAAGAGCCCUCAAUACCGCGCUCCUCGCUGCUGUCCUCCGGCCGGACCUCGCUCUGCUCCGGGCAGUGCCCAGCUGGCCUCUGCCUUCCCUUUAUCUGCCGACCACUCUCUCCGCCCAGGAGGAGGAGGAGGAGGAGAAGCGCUCCCCAUUCACCACCGCCCGCCUGGGGACAGCAACAAGGCCGCCUCUGUCCCCAUUGAGGCCCUGAGCUGCGCUGGGACAAAGCGGCGCCUGGUGCUGGGGGAAGAGCUGGGCACGCAGCCCUGCAGCCGCGUCACGCCAGGCAGGGGUGGGUGGCAGUGCCAAGGGCACGGCUCUCCCAUCUGGGACCACGGCAUCCCCAAAAUCCAUGCCCUGCAUCCCGAGGUGCCACCCCGCUCCGCGGUGCCACGUUUUGCACCCAGCGCCGCCAGGGUCCCCCCGUCCUCCCGCCCAGCCCCGCACCGAUGGGCUGCGAUGGCCUAAAGAGCUGGGGGACCUCCCCCCAAAAAACCCCGCGUUGGCCCCGCACGGACAUCUCCGCAAAUAUUUGAGCAGUUUAUCGCCUCGGGGAUCUGUACAAAAACACGAUAAGCCGGGGAAGGGCAGCAGCCAUAAACAGAGCGGGGACGGCAGCGUGGGAACAGGAGGACAUCGACAACAGGGCCGGAACGGGGCCCCAAACAAGGACAGGGGGCAACGGGCCGCCGGGGCACCGCGGGGCUGGGAGGAGGUACGGCCGAGCGGUCCCACCCGCCGCGCCGCGCCGCUCCGCACCGCCCCCAGCGCUGCCCGGGGCGGGCCCGGCCCGGCGUGCCCUUCGCUCGGCGUGCCCGGAGCCCGGAUGCCCGGCCAUGGCCGCCUCGCUGAGCCGCCCGUUCUUCCUGUCCCUCCACGUGCCCUACGGGCAGGGCUGCGCACAGGACCUGGCUGCGGCUUUCCGCUUCCAGCCCGUGGCCGUGCGGGAGACGCCGCGUGUGAGGCAGCUGGCGCUGCGCCGGGGCGCCGCCGUCUUCCUCCUCAACCAGCGCCUGGCGCCGGCCGGCAUCUCCAACCACGAUUUCCUCUACGACGUGGACCCCCGUCCCACCCUGGGCACAGCCUCCAACGUCUGCCUGGAGGUGGAUGACGUGCCGGGGCUGUGCGCGCAGCUGCAGAGCCGGGGCUGCACCCUGCCCGUGCCCCCCGUUGAGGUGAGAGAUGAGCGCGGCUCCGUCACCUACGGCGUGGUGAGCUCCGCCGUGGGCAACGUCAGCCACACGCUGCUGGACCGCUCCCGCUACCGGGGGCCCUUCCUGCCCGGCUUCCAGCCUAUACGGGGAGCGCCCCCGGGGGACGGUGCGGAGGUCUCCCACUUCGACCACAUCACCUACGUGUGCCCGCGGGGCGGCACGCAGGCGGCUCUGGAGUGGUACCGGCGCUGCUUCGGCUUUCGGCACUUCUCGCUGAGCCCCCGGCAGCAGCCGGCGCAGGGCUUUGUGCUGGGUGGGCACGGGGCCGGCAUGCUCCUCCGCGCCCUGCAGAGCGCCCAGGGUUGCGGCUGCAAGCUCGUCCUCGCCGAGUCGCUUUCUGAAUCCGUCCCGAACCAAGUGGACACCUUCCUGGAGCAGCACGGCGGGGCCGGCAUCCAGCACGUGGGGCUGUGCACGCCUGACAUCGUGUCAGCCACCAGAGCCCUGCGGAGGGCGGGCGUGCGGUUCUUCACCCCCCCUGCUGCCUAUUACAGUCAGGGAGGCAAGGAGGAGGAGGUGCGGGGUGCCGGGCAGGAUCCCUGCACGCUGGCAGAGCUGGGCAUCCUGCUGGACACCGCCGUGCACGGGGACAGCGGGCAGUUGGGCAGCAGUGAUGGGGUGAGCCCUGCGCAGAGUUACUUGAUGCAGAUCUUCACCCAUCCCCUCUUCUCCGAGGAGACCUUUUUCCUGGAGCUCAUAGAGCGACGCGGAGCUCCCGGCUUUGGGGAAGGCAACAUACGGGCACUGUGGAAAGCUGUGCAGGUCUAUAUGGACCAGAGGCAAUAGAGAGCGGCAGCGUUCCUUCUCUCUGUCCCAAACCCGGGGCAGUGCACUGCAGAAAUACUAACAGAUAGCCGUGGCACAGCCCUGAGCGGCACGGUCAAAGGUGCUCAACUCAGACACACUCCAGUGCUGCAGCACAGUGCUCAGAGAUAGGGCCUGGGGGCUCUGAGCAGCCCCCAGCAUGGAGAGGGGUUUCUCGCCCUUAGCCUGAUGUGAAGGACUUUCUGCCUUGAUUUCACCUGAAUCUAAUGGAAGUUGUGCCUGCAGCACAGCAGAGGACACUGCUGGCACUGCCACAACCCCAUUAUGGGGCACAAGGAGGGCAUUAUGGACAUGGCUGCUCACCAGCAGUCACCACCCAUGGCACCGCAGGGCAAAUGACUGCCUCCUCAUCACCUAAAUUAAAGAAUUUACCUGAAAGAA